AUGAUUCUUGGGAUAACACUGACCUUCAUCGUUUCGAGGCUCAUUCUUUAUGGACUGAUUUUCGUUGCACCAACAGGUCAGUUUGAUACUUCGACGGAACUUACACUGAAGAAAUUACAGGCAUUGGGGACUGACGAUUAUUGGAAUGUCCACCUAUGGAAUAAGCUUUUGUCUUGGGAUGCAGUUUUCUUCCUGAAGGGAAUGACAUCCAAAGGCAAGAUUCCGAGGUUUGAACAUGAACUUGCAUUCUCAACUCUAUGGUCGAGUAUGGUUAAAUAUUUCGCCAAAACAGACGACGUCUAUCAGACGUUAAAGGUUGCUGUUUUGUUGGAGAAUAUAUUGUUUUAUUCAUCGAGUGUUGUACUAUACUAUUUAACGAGGGCGAUCUUUUCAGAGAACAACAAGAAACAAUACUAUGGCAAAAGGUUGGCCAAAAUCUCAACUAAUUUGUUCAUUUUUACCAGCGCCUCAGGAUUCUUGACAGGAAUAUACUCCGAGCCGCUAUCCUUUGCGUUGACAUUUGUUGGUAUUUUGCUUCAUGAGAAAUCUACUAGCACCACUAUUCCAAAUGGUAUUGAUUGUAACUGGUCCCGAUGGCCCUUUUAUUUCUUAUCGGCUAUUUUCUUUGCUGUUGCCACAAUAAACAGAGCAAAUUGUGUUCUCUUGGGCAUAUAUUACAUUGUCGAUCUACUGCAACUGGUUUCGCACCGAAGGAUGUUAAAAGCCUUGUUUUUUCCUCUUCUUGCUGGGACCACAAUGCUGAUUGUCUGUCUUUAUCAGCACUACUCGUUACCAUAUCAGGCUUUUUGCCCACAAAGAGGUGAAUGGUGCACAACUCAGAUGUUCGACGGAUUACCCUUUACUAAGACGAACUUUUACGGCUUUAUACAAAGUCGCUAUUGGAAUUGUGGCUUCUUGAGAUAUUGGACACUCAACAAUAUUCCGAAUUUCCUAAUAGCCAUGCCGAAUUUUGUCGUAAUGUUCUAUUCGACUAUUUACUUUACGAGGAUCUAUCCCUCUUUUAGAGUGAGGCCACUUGUCUUUGUCACACAAGCGUUUUUGAUCAUGAUAGCCCUUUUUGCUCAUGUUCAAAUCAUCAACAGAGUGUCCUCGUUCAUACCGUUGCAUCUUUGGUACCUAGCGGAUAGACUGCUAAGAAACUCGUUUCGUGAGCAGCAUCCAGUUGGCGACGAUAAAAUAGUCAAAGGGUAUAUUUAUUGGCUCGCAUUUUGGAUACCGAUACAAACUGUGCUCUUUGCAUGCUUCCUGCCUCCAGCGUAA